CUAACAGUCACCCUGAGAAGAAGAAAAUCAAGAAAUUCUACGUCAACAAACGUGACUAUUACUACAUUGACUAAUGUUUCAACUAAUAUUACAAUGCAGUAACCUUGCCCAUUGAUCUAGGAUAUGCAUGAGCUAUUAUCAAGAGGGAUUUGCUCAAAACAUUUCAAAGGCUUUACAGCCCUAUCUUAUGGGGUCUUAUAAACUAAAACAGUCCAUUAGCCACCUGAUAUGAUCUGCAUGUGAGAGCCGUUUGGGUCACCCUGCCUGGGUGCUGGUCUGUAAGCGCUGUAAGCGCCGUAAGCAAGCAGUCAGUCAAGCCAAAUCAUAACAAACCAGAAAGCUGAGCUCCCCCACAAAAUUCCCACCCAGCCUCUCUCCCCAUCCAUUCGUGGCUGAGCAGACUUGUGACACGCCCACCCUGUCGGUAGUAAACCAUGGUGGUGGCUCUGUCCUUUCCGGCCAAGCUGACGGACGAAGAGCUCAUGCUCAAGGCCAAGUAUGAGAAGCUCAGACGAAUCAAGAAGAAAGUAGCCUUAAGCAAGCUUCCCCACCAUCAUCACGACGACAAACUCAAAGGCGGGCACGAUCACAAACCCGCCUUGUUGCUGAGUGGGGCGGGUAGUACGGCGGCCUUGGCCGGCUCGGGGGGCACGAGUAGCGGCCCGGGCUUGGGCGUGAGUGGCGCGAGUUUGGGCGGAGCUGGAGCCGGCCUGGGCGGGUCACAUCAUCGCAUUCCCGAAGCCAAAGACGCCAAGGAGGUGGCUAAGAAACUGAUUCGUACGGGCGCAUUGCAAACCAUUCAGAAAACCAUCGAAAAGGACAAACAAGAGAAAUCUCGUGGAUUCAAACGCUCCCAAGGUUUGGAGCGAAAACUAACGGGCUUGGAUGCUCGAGCCGGUUAUCAACCCUUUUCGGCCACCCACGGCCCCAGUGGCGGGUUUGAUACCGGGGGUGAAGACAUGAACCCCGAACCCGUGGAACCCCCGCCUAAGAAGGUCAAAAACCUCUAUGACACGUUUGUCACGGCCCGUGAUCGCGAGGAACGUGGCCUACCCGAUCGAGAGGGCAAUCAAUCGGAGAAGCCCCGCCAAGGACAUACCGUUUACGUGUUCGGGUACAAUAUAUCCGAGGACUUUCUCAAAACCGUAUUCGCAUCUAAUGGCAAAAUUGUCAAUGUCUCGUUGGAAGUGGAAAAGAAUUGUGGCUUCGUCACGUUUGAGAAGCCAGAAUCAGCCGAAGCCGCCAUUUCUGAGCACAACGAUACUCUCGCUCAAGGCAUUCAAUUGAAGGUAUCUAUGGCUCGUCGUCAACCACAAAUCGAUCCCAUCAAUGAUGCCUCCUCUUCGUCGACUUGGUCCACAAUUGCUGCCUCUCAUAGCCAGAAAGGCAGUCACAAGGACAAACGAGAUUUGGUCACUUAUGACGACGGUAUAUUCUGAGUUACACAAAAAUCAUGUUCAAGUCUGUAACAAUAGUAUUCGAAGUUUGUUUCAAAAUCUGUUCGUUUAAUGUCAAUUUUUGUUCAAUGGGAACAAUUUGGGAUCAAUCAAGUUCAAAAUUAGUUUUCCA